AUGUCGACCGCAGUGGCACCAGCAAUGGCUCCAUUGUCUUCAUCACAUACGACCCGCGAUCCAAGCCCGAAGAACUACCCAACCUUGGCCCGUCCACCGGCCCCGGUGAAUUCAUCUCCCUCUCGUAUGUCGCCAGAUGGGGCCUCGAAGGGUACCCCCGAGAACCGCGAUCAGCCAUCUCCCUCUGGCAGCACAGGGCCCAGAAUCACGGUCAAGAAGGAGCCGCCUUCGUCGCCGCGCAUGGGGGCUAGUCGACCCCGGCCGCGCAAGCUAGACCUUUCGACCAGUCUGCCUUCCUCGAGCGGUCUGCAGGUGCGCCCUCCAAAUGGGCCGAUGACCGCCCGUGAUGGAGUCCGAAUGCAGGACGUCGGUCUGGCAUGUUUGUCGCCCGGCUUCCAAACCCACGAUCCGAUGAUGCGAGAGCAACUUCAGCGCAGUUUGUCAGUACGCGACCAGCAGCGAUCAAUAAUUGAGGCACGACUACAAAAGUCUGCCAAGGAUGAGGGUCCCGGCGGUACCAAGCCAUCAGAGUCGGGCUUCAUGGGCAUGCCCAAAGCUGGCAAGCGGCGAGCUCCGCCAGGUCUAUCGAUCUUCGCCAACGAGCGCGUGAUCCAGUCCGCGCCGCUGAACCAGACAUUCACAGGCCGAUAUCAACCUCAGCCGUUGACACGGCACAUUGUCAACCAGAGCCCGACUCUAGGCUCGACCUCGCACAUGCACCAGGUCCCCGCCACGCAAACGACCAACCGUCUUCCCCCUCUCUCCGACGUCUUUGGACAGGACGCAUUGGGUACCCGGGAUCGCGAUCCCAACCGUUCCGGUCUGUACCCGAAUACCUCGAGCAACAAUUCUUCGCAGUCCAACUUGGCUCCUAUGCCUUCUCCUGGACUCCCCGGCAGCAUGUCUCACACGCCCAGCCGACCUCGCGAGUAUCACUCGGCCGAAGAGGCGGUGCAGGAAAUGUCCGGUGGACGGGAAGAACUGCUUCCUCGGAUUGUGCAUUACGGAGGCCAUCAACCGCCCACGCCGCCCUCACCACAAAUCAUUCACGCUGCUCCCAAGACGGCUCCUCUAGCCAGUGAGGCAAUGCCACCCAGUGCACCCGUUGCUUCCACAUUCGGUUUCGGUUCUACGGAAUCCACGGCGCGUCGUCGCUCGCGAAAUGAAUACGAGCACGACAAUGGAAGCCCGCCGCUGGGUCACGGCCCUACUUCCUAUCGCCCGAAUCCCGCUGCCAGCGCAGGUCCCAACGCUGUGCCUUAUGGUCCCUUUGGUGCUGGGCGAGACUCUCCAGAGACCCAAAGACGAAAGAAGGAAGAAUUCCUGGGCCUCUGCGCUCGUGCUUGGGAUCUAUUCCACUCAUGA